AUGCCAAUACACGCAGAGCGGACUUGUGGAUCAUCGGAUGCCUCUGUCCUCGAAGCUGAUCUCGUCGAGAGGGUGAAGAGCUUCGCGAAGCGUUAUCCGAACAGCAGGACAGCCCAGGCUUGCAAGGCUGUGGAGGGAUGCACCCCCGACGCUAUCGCAGAAGCCAUCCGCUCGACGUGUCAGCAGGCACGACGUGAGCUUCUGCAAGAAGCGAUGACUGGAUGGAGUGACGCAUCCAGAGAGUGGUUUAUGCAGCAGAUUGAAGAAGCCAAGAAGGAGAAGGUCGAGACAUACACCGCCUCAGCAGGCAACGAGGUGACUUCCUUCAUCUCCAUGACUCUCCUGGGCAUCUCCUCGGUGUAUGUCAACCAUGAAGAAAAGCUGUCGGUGUAUGUCAACCAUGAAGAGAAGCUGAAGAAGAAAUUUGAAGAGAUCGGACUGAUCGUAGACUCAGUGCAAGAGAGUAAAGCGAGUGCUGAGGAGAUCCCGGUGACUGUUUCCUUCCUCCGCAAUGCACAAGCGGAGAAGCUCUGGCAGGGAAGAGAGGACUUCGCGAUCGAUGGUCGCAAGUUCACAGCUGUACAUGUGAGCAUCGUGCACGAUCGAUCUUUCAAGAUUCGAGCCAAGAGAGGACCCUGGGGCAAAGGGGGCAGCUUGGCAGAGCUGACUCACCUGCUAACCUUGGGCGGCAUGACAACGGCUGAGAUAGCUGCCGUCUAUUGCUAUCAGCUGCUGCGCCAGUCCCUUGCAGCGGUCCAACUCCAGCCGCUGGCAGGCAUGCUGGUCGCUGGGGCGCCAGGACAGCAAGUCCACAAAGGCUUAGGUCAGAAAGGCUUCAUCGCUGUAGGGGCCAACGUCAUCUGGAGACAGAGGGAGGUGGAGUGGAUCGUCUCCUCGAGCUGCCCAGAGGCGAAUGAUACAGCAUUUCGAGCUUUCCGAGAGAGCGAAGCGAUGGAGGGAGUACACCUGACUCUGUUCAGCGAGGACCCGAAGAUCAGAGAGGCGCUCGCAGUCGAGUUGACAGCUGAUCGCUUUGUGUCCAGAAAUAAGUUGAAGAAGGCAUCAAGGAUGCAGAAGAAGGCAGGCGGCAAGGACGGCAAGGAGAUCAAGAUCAUCAUCAAGUCGACGGCGGCAUCUGGUCGCUUCACGAGGAAGGAGAUGGAGGGGCUGUGCAACGGCGGGAGGAAGGAGAUGGAGGGGCUGUGCAACGGCGGCAACACGUCUAUCGCAAGAGUCAAGAGAGUCUUGUUGGAGAUCGCUAACGGGUCCAAGCUAUGCAUCCUCCUAGGAUGCUCGACGCAUGAUGAAGGAGCUGCCCUUCUAUCUCGAAGGCUCGGCUUCGACAAGGAGCCUGACUCUGAGGCGGCUGGUCAGCGGGGCACCAGCGACGCAGCGCAGCGACAGGAGGAGAGCGAGGGAGAGUGGCUGGAGUUUACAGACCUGGAGAGGAUCACAAUGGAGGCAGCAUCUCCGUCAAGCCAAGAGGACAUGCAGCUCGUCAGCGAGCUGUCAGCAGUCAUCGAAGAUGCAGCUUCUUUGAACGAGGCAGGGACGAGCGAGCCGAUCAAGCUGGUCCUGGACAAGGCCGUUGGCAACCUCCACGACACCUUCUACUCUCCGGGGAGCCUGGAGUUCAUGUCGCUGGGAGAGUGGGCGAAGAUGCCAGAGGAGCAGGGAGUUGGGCGCAACGUUCUCAAGGAGAAGCUGGGGAAGUGGCUGCAGAGCAAGCGCUGGACUCGCGUGCAAGGAGAGAGCAAGAAGGCAAGGAGGGGCAGCGCGUUCUCGCCACGGGCAACGGCAACUGCUGAGCUUGAGCAGGAGGCGGAGAGGGACGACAUAGAGCGUCGAUCUCUUAGCCUCCUGUUCAUAGCACUGAGUAAAUUCGCAGAGAUGCAUGUGCUGGCCUGCUCGCUGAAGGUGGACAAGAAGGACCGACUGCGAGUGGAGAUGAGGGAAGAUGACGAAGAAGAGGAAGACAUGGAGGAAGAGCAAGGCGAGGGCGAGGAAGAAGACGGGGCGAGCCCGUACCGAGCUUGA